UAAUCGGAGCUAGUCUAUCGGGGCAUCCGCUGGCGGCUGUGACAUUCCUCCAGGUGCUCGCCAACUCGUUUUGUUCCUGCUCUUGCUCUCACUCUUCCUGCUGUUCUUUUGCAAGCUCCUUCCUCCACUUCAUUGAGAUUCGCAAAUCACACGUGUCUACUCGCGACUUCUGCUUGCCUGAUUGGAGACUGUCCCACACUCUUCGAAUAUCGCCAUUAACCUUUCUUCGCCAAAAGAUCGAACCAAGUGAUACAUUGUCUUCGCCUCGAAAGGCAAGACUCCUCAAAGACCACACAAAGACCCACCCACACACAACCUAGCCAUGGAAACCUACUACGGCCACGUGCGAACACCUGGCGAUGCCAUUCUUCUGUUCGAGGCAUGCAGAAUCGGCCUGCUCCCCAGAGUACAGCGUCGCCUGUCGGAAAAGGAAAGACUUUCCAUCAAGUCCGGUUCGGUCUUCGUCUGGGAUGAGCGCGAAGCUGGUAUGAGACGAUGGACUGACGGAAAGUCGUGGAGCGCAAGUCGCGUAUCAGGCAGCUUCCUGACUUAUCGCGAGAUGGAGGGCAAGCGCGGAGGCAGCACCUUCAACGCCGCUCCCAAGGCGCCCGUCGCAAAAGAGCACGACGCUUCGGAUGAUGGCCCUGACGGAUACCGCUACAAGCCCGACGGCCUGAUCAAGCAGUCGUUCAGCAUCACAACCUCCAACGGCCAGCACCUGCAUCUCAUCAGCUACUUCGCACGCUCGACGGCCGUGUCGCAGAACUUGCAGCAACCUUCCAGCGAUCCUCAGCUGCGGCACAUUAGACCCGAGAAGGGCAUGUACCCCGAGUCGACUGUGCACGAGCAGAACGCUAUCCCCGCCGUCACGCGCGGUCCCAUGACUAGCCCUGCUUUUGCCAACUCUCCUCACCAAUCUGCAAACAUCGGCGCUCAGUACCCCCAAAGACCGCAAUACACCCACGGCCCCAUGUCCUAUGGCCCUCCCGGCUGGGCUCCUCCUAGCCCUAUGCACACCCCUCCGCCACACUUUUCUCCCUACGCCUACCACCACUCGCCCAUGCAGCACCUCCACCCCUCUCAAUACCCCCCGCAUCACGCCCAGCACUAUCCUCCUCCUCCUACCGCCUUCGACCGCGUCCCUGCACCCUUAUCCAACAACUCUCUGCCGGCACCGCCCUCUCAGUACCACCACCAGCACCCGCAACUUACCCCAAUCCACAACCACCCACCUCCACCAUCGCUGCCUCAGAUCAAUCACAGCCAUCGCCCAUCUCUGCAGGAUCACUCGUCUCGUCCUCCGAGCCACACUCACCCGUCCAUUGACCCUGCCCUCGCCAAUGACGCCAGAAAGACUGGCCCUCCGCCUCUACCAAGCCCCAGAUCCAUGGGCGACACUGCUCCUGGCGCUCCCACAGAGAGCGUCAAGCUACCUUCCGCAACUCUGCCUCCUGUCAGCGGUGGUACUACUAUCCCUAGUAUCAGCUCUCUCAUCCAUGAGACCAGUAACCCACAAACGCACAAUGCUGGUCGUCCCUCGAGCCGCAGUCCAAUUGGUGGACGCCCUCAGGACAUUCCUAUGCACAAGAUGGGUUACGACGCUGCACGUGACGUCCAGGCGCUCAGACAUCUCGACAAGGCAACUCUGAGAUUCUGAAGUGCCGCCGCAGACUCGGUGAUAAUUGGAAAUGGCUUGUGUCCUACACGACGUGUAAAUUGGUUGUAGUUGAGCGUGGGGUUUAAUGGUGUCUUUCUCUGACAGGCGAUAAGCGAUAAGCGUGAGAGCAGACUCCGCUGGGAUUGGCGUUUUGGGUCACAAAAGGGACU